AGUCCAUCAGAAAAACAUGGGAAGGAAAGGACAAAAAAAGUUUUUGGAUGCCUGUAGGAUGCAAACUCCUCCAGAGGGUAAGGUACAGCUGAAUCCCUCUUCAAUGCCUCACUACUCUUGCUUGCUACUGUGGUCAAAAAGUAUACAUAGUGACACUAUGAAAUGAAACAUUAGUACUUCCUGUAAUUUAUGGUCUAGUUAAAAUUGACAAUUUUUUUUGUUUGUUUAUUGUAGGCACAAAGCAGACAUUCCUAGAGAAACAUGGAUGAAACCGCAAAUCUGACAGUAUCUUCUGCCACAUGCCACGACACUAUUGAUGACUUCCGCAAUCAAGUGUAUUCCACCUUGUACUCUAUGAUCUCUGUUGUAGGCUUCUUUGGCAAUGGCUUUGUGCUCUAUGUCCUCAUAAAAACCUAUCAUGAGAAGUCAGCCUUCCAAGUAUACAUGAUUAAUUUAGCAGUAGCAGAUCUACUUUGUGUGUGCACACUGCCUCUCCGUGUGGUCUACUAUGUUCACAAAGGCAUUUGGUUCUUUGGUGACUUCUUAUGCCGCCUCAGCACCUAUGCUUUGUAUGUCAACCUCUAUUGUAGCAUCUUCUUUAUGACAGCCAUGAGCUUUUUCCGGUGCAUUGCAAUUGUUUUUCCAGUCCAGAACAUUAAUUUGGUUACUCAGAAAAAAGCCAGGUUUGUGUGUGUAGGUAUUUGGAUUUUUGUGAUUUUGACCAGUUCUCCAUUUCUAAUGGCUAAACCACAAAAAGAUGAGAAAAAUAAUACCAAGUGUUUUGAGCCCCCACAAGACAAUCAAACUAAAAAUCAUGUUUUGGUCUUGCAUUAUGUGUCAUUGUUUGUUGGCUUUAUCAUCCCUUUUGUUAUUAUAAUUGUCUGUUACACAAUGAUCAUUUUGACCUUACUAAAAAAAUCAAUGAAAAAAAAUCUGCCAAGUCGUAAAAAGGCUGUAGGAAUGAUCGUGGUCGUGACCACUGUCUUUUUAGUCAGUUUCAUGCCAUAUCAUAUUCAACGUACCAUUCACCUUCAUUUUUUACACAAUGAAACUAAACCCUGUGAUUCUGUCCUUAGAAUGCAGAAGUCCGUGGUCAUAACAUUGUCUCUGGCUGCAUCAAAUUGUUGCUUUGACCCUCUCCUGUAUUUCUUUUCUGGAGGUAACUUUAGGAAAAGGCUGUCUACAUUUAGAAAGCAUUCUUUGUCCAGCAUGACUUAUGUACCCAGAAAGAAGGCCUCUUUGCCAGAAAAAGGAGAAGAAAUAUGUAAAGUAUAGUUUAAACCCAUUUCCAGUCCAAACCAAUGAAAAUAGUUUCCCAAAUAAAUAUUUUGCCAAAUCAUUUACAAAAAAAAUACAAUUUUUCAUUAAUAUUUUACAAAUACUUAACUAUUUGGGUUUACAAAUCUAUCUCAUUUUUGCAUUCACAUGAUUAGAUAUUUAUAGAUAUUUUAAGUGCUAAAAAUUCAGUCCACAACUAUGAACUAAAUUAUAAAUAAUUUUGACCACUUACCAGAAUUUGGAGAAUAUUUGUAUGUUUGCACUAUAAAAUGUGUCUUAUAUUAAAGUUUUCCUUUUCAAAUAAAAGCUUUACAAAGGAUAAAAUACAUAAAAUUAGUCAAUAUAAAAUAUAUGUAAGCUAAAAGUUAUAAAAUAUAAAAAUAGAUAUAAAAUUGGCAAAGAGUUUUCAAUCAUUCUAACAUAUUCCUUUGCAUGCAUAGCAUCGGAUGAGAACUGGAGAUGACUCAGAAGCUAAAUAAAAUGUACUGUCAGCUUUCUUUGUAGUACUGAUUGGCUGGGCAAAUUAGGGCCAUUUCUUCCAAAAGAGAAUGUAAAAGUGCUAGAACAGACUAGUAUUCAGCUAAAUGGUCCUAAAGGCACCAUACAAUGUUCAAUAUGGAAACAGGAGAAAUCUGGUCAAAAGCCAGUUUGUCUCCAGUUUUCUUCUGCCUUUGCCUCAGGCUCCCAAAAUUGAAUAGUGGAGUUUUAGCUGCUCAGUGAGGUUCCUGUAGAGAAUUCUCUCCAUCCAUGACAUAAAAUUCUUCCUUAAGAAGCCAGACAACUGGCACUCCCUUAUAUAAACAGAAGUAAUUAAAAAUUUAUCUGAAGAAGAGGAAAGGAAAAGAAAUCUACUUUUCUAUAUGCCAAUUGCUGGGAUCAAAAUAAACUACAAGGGAUUGAUGAAGAAAAUUGUGAAUGUUCAUGUUACAAAUUAUUUUAAGAAGUGCAUACCUUUAUGUAUAUGUAUUCAACAACUUUAUGUAAGAGAUUUUCCUCUAUGAUAUGCAUUAUGGCUGAAAGUAACUAUAAGUUUUAUUAUUGUUUUAUUACUUUUUAUUGGUAUGUUGACAGGAGUAUCAUGGAUAUGUUUACAGUGACUUUUAUAUUACAGUGGACGCUUUGAUCUUAAAACAGUCACAACAACUCAUCUAGGGCUGAAAUAUAAUAUUCGUGGACAAGUUUUUGCUGAAGUGUAGUGUGUCCUUUAGCUUUGCCUUUCAAGAGGUACAUUACCUCAGAGGAAAUAAAUGAUAACUAUAAAGAAAAAA